UCCAGGAACCAAGUUCAUCACUGUCGAACGAAAUCAUUACUCACCCACGCUUUCAUCUUCACCUUGCCACACUGUGUAGCAAUGGAAACAGUUCAAUUUAUUUUCGCUAAUGGUGGAGCUGGAGAAGCAAGCUAUGCAAACAAUUCCUCCUUUCAAUUUCGUGCAGAGUAAGAUGAUAUCAAAAGUGAAACCCAUCCUCGAAGAAAGUAUGAAGUCCCUGUACUGCAACUCUGUCCCGAGCUGUUUCAGAGUGGCUGAUCUGGGUUGUUCUUCGGGACCAAAUGCACUUCAGGUGGCGUAUGAUAUUAUCGAUGUUGUUCACAACAUCAGUCGCAGCUAUAACCGUGAGCCACCCAUCACAUUCCAAAUUUACCUCAACGAUCAAUUUCAAAACGAUUUCAACAACAUCUUUGAGGCCCUACCUUGCUUCUACGAGAGGCUACGAGAAGAAAAGGGAGAGGGAUUUGGUGCAUGUUUCGUCAAUGCAACGCCCGGAAGCUUUUAUGGGAGACUCUUCCCGACCAAUUCCAUGCACUUUUUUCACUCUUCCACCAGUCUCCAUUGGCUCUCUCAGGCUCCGAAAGGAUUGAUUAACAAGGAAAACAUUUACUUCACUAACACGAGCCCAUGCACGGUGUACCAAGCUUACCUCGAUCAGUUCAGUGAAGAUUUCAAUCUGUUUCUAAAAUCACGAGCGGAGGAACUAGUGCAUGGUGGUGGUAUGGUUCUAACAUUUGUUGGCAGAGAUGAAACUUCCGACAUAAUCACUCCUUGGGGGUUAAUUGGUUUGGUUCUGAAUGACAUGGUUUUGGAGAGUUUGAUUGAAGAGGGAAAGUUGGAGUCCGUUAAUAUGCCAAGAUAUGGUCCUACUGCUAAUGAAGUUAAGCAAUUGAUUGAUGCAGAAGGGUGUUUUACUCUUCAAAAGUUGGAGACAUUCAAGUCGAGAUGGGAUGAAGGCUUGAAAGAAAAUGGUAACGGUGAUUUGGCUUUAGAUGUAAAUGUCAGAGCCAAUUUCAUAGCCAAAUACGUGAGAGCUACUACUGAACCUUUUCUGACUUCACGGUUUGGAGAAGGUAUAAUCGAUGAAUUAUUCCUUAGAUUCCGAAAGAAAGUUGGCAAACUGUUGGAGGAACAAAAAUUAGAGUAUACUUAUCUGGUCAUGUUCAUCACAAAAAAGUGACACAGAAUAAUGAGUGAGUGAAACAUCAUGUGCUUCUACCGAUGGCUCUCUCAACCUAUAUAUUUCAAGUUUUUCUUGCUUUUUCUACGUUGCGACAUAAUUUAAGCUUAGUAUCCAAACUUCACCUGACAUGUUUACGUUCAUUUUCUAUCUCGUUUAUCAAGCUUAUAUAUAGUAUACGUUGCAGGGAGUGCACGUAUAAUGUAAUCGAUUACGAGUUGUAAUAAUCAAUUACACUAAAGUUAUUAUGA